AGAUCAAAAUUAGUUUGUUUGAUAUAUAAUUCAAAUUAAAAGAUGGAGGGUGUGCCGGGUCCUUUCUAAAUUCAAAAUGGCAUCAUGAAUCAGGUAAGGUUGUGCCCCACGGAUGAAAAUAUAGUAUUAGUUUGGACAAUGUGCCAUGGAAAGAAGAUAGAUUAAGUUCUACAUAUUCAUAUCAGUUGUCUCAGCUUUCACGGCAGACAUUUUCGACGCAAGAGACCGUCUCUUGCGGUGAGUAUUAACCACACUUCUAAAGUUGGAUGUUCGAGAAGACAACUGGGAUUGAUCAGUUUUGUCUCUUUUAUUUUCAGCUUCCUAGAAUCUCUCUCUCUAUCUCUCUUUUUUUUUUCUCAAGGUUAAUGUCAUUUUCUAUGUUGUGGUAGAGUAGAGAAGAACUCAGAAGGCAUGGCACAGACUGGCUGCAGCAAUGGAGAUAAUAGAUGGUCUCUCAAGGGAAUGACAGCCCUUGUAACGGGUGGAAUGAACUUUGAUCUGUCUCUGCCAAUUAUCACCUUGUUUUUAUAUCAAUUCUGCAGGCAUGCUGUUGUGGAAGAACUGACUGGAUUAGGUGCAAGAAUACAUACAUGUUCUCGAACAGAAACUGGGCUUAAUGAAUACUUAAGGGAUUGGGAGGGUAAAGGUUUUGAAGUCACUGGCUCAGUCUGUGAUGUAUCCUCUAGGGCCCAAAGAGAGAAGCUAAUGGAGACAGUAUCUUCUAAGUUUAAUGGGAAGCUGAAUAUCCUUAUCAACAACGCUGGAACUGGCAAACCGGGACGGACAGUGGAGUUCGCAGCUGAAGAGUUCUCAACGGUCAUGGCUGUAAAUUUUGAAUCUGUGUAUCAUCUAUGCCAACUUGCGCAUCCCCUUCUGAAGGCCUCAGGAGCGGGAAGUAUUGUGCUCAUGUCUUGUGUUUCAGGUGUAGUAUCACUCAAGUAUCUAUCUGCCUAUGGAGCAACCAAAGGUACUUCAUGCCACCAUCGGGUUUAUGUUGCAGGUCCUGUGUUGUUGGACAAGAUGAUAGAUAUUUACCUUUAAAAUUUUUCUUUCGGGGGCACUGAAUCAGCUUGCAAAGAACUUGGCAUGCGAGUGGGCGCAAGACAAUAUCAGGACAAACUCUGUUGCCCCUCGGUACAUCAAAACUUCUCUGGUAGAACCUUGAGAAAAGCUUUACGGAAGAGGUAAUAAGAAGAACUCCGCUUGGUCGAGUGGGGGAUCCAAAGGAGGUGUCAUCCUUGGUAGCAUUCCUCUGCCUACCAGUAUCAUCUUACAUUACUGGCCAGACCAUUUGUGCUGAUGGUGGGAUGAAUGUUAAUGGUUUCGAUCCGAGUCAAUGCUAGAAACAACUAGCAUUUAUAUAAUUGUUGUUUUCUCAUAUUUUUCAUACUCACUCUAAUAUUCUUCAUUAUCAUAUUUAUAUAUAUAUAUAUAUAUAGAUAUAUAUAUAUAUUUAUGUAGGUGUACGUGCACACGUGUGUUCAUGUGCGGAUCAUGGACAUUUUUUUUGUAUUCUGUCAUAUUCUUCUUACACUCUCAAAAUAUUCAUAUAUUUUUUAC